AUAAUGGUAUGAGGAAGAUACAUUUAAUGGAAAUGAUCUCAUCGAAAUUGAAGCCAGAAAUUACAUGUCCAUUAUGUAAUCAAAUCUUUCAAACUCCUCUUUUACUUCCAUGUGGACAUUCUAUUUGUUCUGGAUGUAUGAGUAAACUUUGUAGAACUUUGACCAAAUCAUCAAUUGUCACUAAUAAUCAAACUCAUUAUCUAGCUACUCAAACAAUUUCAUCUAUUGGAAUUGAAGAUGCUAUUAGUGAAGCUGAUUCUGGUGUAGUUGUUUGUAGUUUGGAAUCUAAUAAUGAUUGUCAGUUAACAUCAUAUUCACCUCAAAGUGUUAAUCGUACUCAUUCUAUACAAGAAUUAUGUCGUAUAUGCAGUACUAAUCGUAGUAAUAAUUCAUUCAAAAAGACUAAUAAUUUUACAAGUUUAAAUUUAGAAAAUGAAAAUAAUGAAAUAUUAUCAAGUGAAAUAUUACCUCAUAAUAUAGCUUUGGAAAACUUAAUUACACGAAUAACUAGAGCUGAAGUGAAUCAUCGUGAUAUAGAUACAACAUUGAAUUCUGGAGUUACUAAAAAAGAUAAUAACAGUCUAUCUACAAUAAGAUGUCAAUUAUGUGAAUCAUCAAAUGAGAUUUUAACAUUAUCAUUUUGUGAACAAUGUAAUCUUUGGUAUUGUAAAACAUGCCUAAAAUUAUGGCAUCCACCUACUGAAAUAUUAAUUAAACAUCGUAUUACAUCGUUUAAUAAUCAUAAUUGUUUAUUGUAUUCAUCAAAACAGAUUAUUACAGAAGUAACUGGACCAACAUGUACACAUCACUCAGGAUAUGUUUGUAAUUUAUAUUGUAUAACAUGCUCAAUGUUUGUUUGCCUACGGUGCUUAAGUUCAAACGAAAGGAAUUAUAACAAUGAUCAUAAUUAUUAUAACACAAAUAGUAAUCACAGUGAUGUAACUACGUCUAAUUUGUACACACCAAGCAGUACUUCUCCUCAUGAAUGCUUAUCCCAUAUUGGUCAUACAGUAUGCUCAACCAAUAUUUAUGCCAAAAAGAUGAAAGCUGAAGUAUCAAAACUUCUACAUAGACUUUCUGAAGAAGCUAAACGUGGUGCCGAACUUGUCCAAUCACUAAAACACACAGAAGAUCAACUAAAAAGAAAUAUUUCAAAUAUGGAAACACUUAUCAACAAAGAAAUCGAUAUGCUUGUUGAAGCUCUACAGGAAAAGCGUACACAGCUUAUUGAAAAUUUACACUCAGAAGUACAACAAAGACGGCAGUAUAUACGUGAACAAACCAAUCAGGCUGGAAGCAGACUUUCUUCAACAACUAGUUUAAUUUACUUUGGUGUAGAAUUAAUAAAAGAGCGUGAAUCAUCCGCUUUUAUCCAAGUGGCUCCCUCAAUCAAACAACGCCUAAUUAGUACCGAAAAUGAAUUAAUCCAUGAAACUCAAUUUUGUCGCGAAAAUUGUCUAGGAGAUUUCCAAUUACGUGUAAGCAAUACCAAUGAUCUACUUAAAAGAAUUGAGGGCAUUACUUUGAAUGAAAUCUAUCCUCCUCCUGUUCCAAAAAUUAUUCUAUCUCAAUGUUUAGUUGAAAGUAAUAGUAUCCAACUAUUAUGGGAUACAAUCAAUACAUCGACUCCAUUAAAAAAUGAUGAAAAAGAACAUUACCAUAUGCAACAGUCAUUUUCACUUUUAAACAAUGCAUCUAAUUCAAAUGAAGUUAAACGUGCUUUAGAUCAAAUUGAUAAUUCAAAUAUCCAGUUGAGUUCCAGUCAUUCUCUAUGCUGUAAAGACUUAUACCAUUCAUUAUCUAAUAGUGGAUUGACAACACCUGCAACUGUUCGUUUACAAUCAAACUAUCAUAUACAUGGAUCUGUAUCAGCAUAUGCUUUAAUGACAAAUUCAAAGGAAACAGAAGUCAGCAAAGAACAAUACUUUCAUCAGUCUAUGGAGCAUUGUAAUCAUCAUCAACAUAAUCCCUUAUCACUUUCAUCAAAUCAGUGUGCAUUAACUGUUCCAUCUACCCCAGAAUUAAAUGGAUCGUAUUCAGUAAAUACCUUACAUAAAAGUACAACAGUAAAUAGUGAUAUUCGAUUUCUAUCAACUAUGAAUAAUGGGGAAUUAAUUCAGUUUCAGUUAGAAGUAGAUAAUGGACGUGGUGGUCCAUUCAAAGUUGUCUACACAGGACCUGAGUGUGUUUGUCGAGUGGAAGGUUUACAUUUAAAUACAACUUAUCGCUUUCGUAUUCGAUCUACAAAUGGAAUUGCUCAAAGUGCUUAUAGUGAUAUUGUUGCAAUAAAAACAGCUCGUCUUGCAUCAUUUGUUAUGAAUCCGUUAUCUGGACCUGCUCCACCUAUUAAUGGUUUAAAACUAUCAUCUGAUGGAUGUACAAUCAGUGCUCAAGGAGAUUUGGAAGAUCGUGUUCUCUUGGGUGAUGUUUGCUUCUCAGAAGGUAUUCAUUAUUGGGAAUGGAAUGUUGAACAGUAUGAUGGUAAAGGACAGCCUUCAUUCGGAAUAGCACUGGCUCAAGUGAGCAAAGAUAAAAUGCUUGGUCAAGAUGAAUUUGGUUGGGCAAUGUAUUUGAAUUCUAAACGUUCAUGGUUUCUUCAUCGAGGUGAGCAUAGAGAUCGUACAGAUGGUGGUAUUAAAAUAACACAACAAGAAAUACAUGAUAAAAGUAUUACACAGAAUACAUCUUCAAUUACAACUACAAUUGGUGUACGAUUUGAUUGUGAACGUGGUCAUUUAGCUUUUUAUUUAAAUGGUGAACCUCAUGGUCCUAUAGCUUUUACAAAUUUAAAUAUAAAACAAGGUGAUAAAUCAAAUCAAGGUGGAGAUAAUACAAAAAAAUCAAAUUUAUUCUAUCCUGCAAUUAGUUUAAGUUAUUAUACACGUGUUCGAUUAGUAUCCGGUUUAGAAGUACCAAGUGAAAGUGAAGAUUCAAGUGAUUCUUCGGAAGCAGAAUAUGAUUUAUCCUUAUCAACUCCUCAAUUCCAUUUUAAUUAUACAGGUCCAAAGCAUUAUCCCAUUGAUCAUAAUGAUAAUAAUAAUAAUAAUAGUAAUAAUAAUGAGUCUGAAAACAAGAACAUUGUGACUUAUCCAUUCUCUACUUAUUUAGUUCGUUCAACAACUGCACCGUGUAUUCGAAAACCUUCAAGUCCCGACACAUUACUGAGACAACCCAAGAAAUCAAUUGUAUUACCUAAGCUCAUAACAUUCAGUCGAAGUUAGCAUGAAUAGAAAAUCGAUUUCAAACAAGUUAGGUUUUUUUUUCGUGAAGAUAUCCGAGAUCAAUUCUUUGUAUUUCAAAACCAAGGAUUAUUAUCAUAUUUAACCAUACAUUUAUUUGUUCAAAAUAAAUGAACAAUUACAAGUCUUUUUAGUUUCUAUUGCAUUUUGCCUAUUAGUUCUUUAUAUUCAUUAAUAAAACUCUUGGUUAAUUUUGUACAUAAUCUUAAAUACAUACCUACUCAGGUAAGUUUCUUUCUAGAACAGAACAGUUGUGAAUUAUUUUGUAUCCUAAUCAUCAUCUAAUAGUCGACCUUUUAAUAAGAGAUCAUGAAUGUUAGUUAACCUAUAGACGAUUGUGUCCAGUUGUUGAAAUAAAGACCCUUCACAUUUUCUAAAGUUUUUUUUCUGAGGAUUGAAACUAUACAAAUUGAUAUUGUCUUGAAAGUGUAAAUCCUUUAAAUUCACUCAUGUUGGACUGAGUUUCCUUUCUCUCCGUAUUUCAUUAUGUAUUGUACGUUUGCCUGUUUUGAAUUCUUAAUACUCAGAUUGAAUUAAAAUCAUUAUGUACAGAAAUUGUUUCAUGUCAUUAUUCAACUAUUUGUAAAAAAAAUACUUC